GCAGGCAACCGGUUGAUCAGACCCAAAAGGGGUUGGGCAUUGGGGUUGGGCAAUUUGGAGACAUGAGGGGUCAGAAAAAACACCAAAAAGGGAGCGAAAAAUGUAGUUGCGAUGAAAAUAAGUCAUCAAGCGGCUCUGCAGUCAUCAUGUGUCUCAAAGGCCCAAUUCCCGGUUCUUCAUUUCUGCUCACACAAAUCCUGAGGCAGCCUCCAUCUCGCAACGUUUCUUUGCUUUAUUCCUUUUUGAGUACCGUACCGUAAGGUAGUCUAUUCCUGUGCUCCUCACGCUUUGGCUGUGGUAUACCAGGAAAGCUAAGACAAAGUCUCACCACCUAUCGGUCAUCAUCUCUCGAUCCCGUUACAUCGAGCAAAGCCCCCCAAGCAAAAGAGUAUUGACAACGUCACAUCGACUGGACAGUAGGCCUGCCCCUGUCUCAAGCUGGGAAGGAAUGACCGUCUGCUGGGUCCAUCCCGCCCGCCGACAAGGACUUCAGAAGGCAUCGUCAGUGACUAGAGAGAGGGUCACGUAAGACCGAAUCCAGAGAACGACCAUACGGUCGACCGAAACGUACCAUUCACUGCCUGUGAUAAUGAGAAGAGCUACCUCUCAUCGCGGCGCUGCAUCACAAGAAAGGCCAUAUCCCUGCAUCAUCGCGGAUAGGUUCCCAGGGAAAUGCAAGAAGAGUUUCAACAACAUAGAAAAGCUCAAGUAAGUCAGACAUCUCGUCCCAACCCCCAAACAUGCUAACAAGCCUCAGUGAGCAUAUCAAGCGAUGCCACAGUCCAUUUCUCUGGUGCAAUGAUUGCCUGAAAAAGUUCAACAGCUCCAUGAGCCGCGAGGCUCUGGAACGCGAGAAGGAAUACCACAAGGCGAUAUGCCCCAAAAAGCCUUCGGAGAAGAACAAAGCCCUCAGGGAGAGGGCUUACAUCAUUGACGAAGCUCGAUACGAGCGUUGUACGAAACUCGGAUGGAAGCAGACUGCUGCUUCACAUGAACUCGACAAAAACAACGGAAAAAAGGAAUGCGUUUCUCAACGGAGCUGGAGACAGAUCCGUGACACUAUCUUUCCGAACGAUACCGUAACUGUGGACGAGUCUCAUGAGCUUGUUGCCAGAGUCGAGAACGAGACGAGAAACGAGAUGUUCUUGGCGCAGUUCCAAGACAGAAACUCACAUGUCCCGACACAGAUAGAGAUCAGCACGAUCUCUCAGCCGCCCCCAACGGCUGAUAACACGUCUCACUUGUCCACAAUCCUGUCUGAGGUGACUGCCCCUCUGACAGGUCCAACGACGAUUGCUUUCUCUGAUCCUGGACCGGAUGGGAAAGACGACAUGUUUGGGUUUCUUCCACGAGAGAUGGAAAAUUUGGAUUAUGUAUUACCACCAAUCCCUAAUUUCCAAGAAUAUGAAUUUGCAGACUCUUUGACUGGUACGGGAGAAUGGGAUACUGGAAACCCGGGUCCAGAACAGGAACUUGACAUGGAUUUGGACCAGUGGUUUAAGUAAAUAUACUCAGA